AUAUAUAAGUAUGGCCAUACCGUUUUCGGCUGUUUUAAAAUUUUAAUGCCGUAGAUGCUCGCGCUUUAGACACAAACUGAAUGGCGAGCAAGAUCAUAGCAAGAUAGAUGGGCAUCAACAACCCUGCAAUAAUGUGUUCAGCACAACGAUGGAUAAUCUCUGUUCUAGCCAUUUCCCUCAUUGCCUACAUCUUCAUCUCUUUCAGAUCUCUGCAAUUUCGCACAGAUUAUGUCGUCGCUCCACCCAUUCGCAUCGAACAACAUAACCAGGCCUUUACAGAAACCCCCAAGAACGAGGAGUCGGAAGGUUUUGCAGGAAAAGGUUGCGGCGAGAUUGAUCGAAAAGGGACUUCAGUUUUCCACUCUGCUGAGGUUUUUGCCAGGAAUUAUGCGGAGAUGGAACAUAAAUUUAAAGUUUAUAUUUAUCCCGACGGAGAUCCGAAUACUUUCUAUCAAACGCCGAGGAAAUUGACGGGUAAAUAUUCGAGCGAGGGUUAUUUUUUUCAGAACAUUCGAGAGAGCAGCUUUCGUACGGACAAUCCCGAUGAGGCCCACCUGUUUUUCAUUCCAAUUUCUUGCCAUAAAAUGAGAGGAAAGGGGACAUCUUAUGAGAACAUGACAAUUAUUGUUGAGAAUUAUGUGGAGAGCCUAGCAAGAAAGUAUCCUUAUUGGAAUCGGACAUUAGGAGCUGAUCACUUCUUUGUUACUUGCCAUGAUGUUGGGGUAAGGGCAACAGAAGGCCUUCCGUAUCUUGUGAAGAAUUCUAUCAGAGUUGUGUGUUCACCGAGCUAUAAUGUAGGAUAUAUUCCACAUAAGGAUGUUGCCCUUCCCCAAAUUCUGCAGCCAUUUGCCUUGCCAGCUGGAGGAAAUGACAUACAGAACAGGACAACCCUUGGCUUUUGGGCUGGCCAUCGGAACUCUAGAAUAAGAGUCAUUCUGGCACGUUUAUGGGAGAAUGAUACUGAACUUGCUAUAAGCAACAAUCGCAUUAGUAGGGCAAUUGGAGAGCUUAUUUAUCAGAAGCAAUUCUACAGGACUAAGUUUUGUAUAUGUCCUGGCGGUUCUCAAGUCAACAGUGCACGAAUUACAGACUCAAUCCAUUAUGGAUGUGUACCUGUUAUCCUAUCUGAUUACUACGAUCUGCCUUUCAAUGAUGUCCUUGAUUGGAAAAAAUUUGCACUUGUACUUAAGGAGCUUGAUGUUUAUAAUCUAAAGGAUAUCCUCAAGUCCAUCAGCAUGGAGCAAUUCACAGCAUUACAUAACGGGUUGGUUGAGGUGCAGAAACACUUUGAGUGGCACUCGCCUCCGAUCAAAUUUGAUGCAUUCCAUAUGGUUAUGUAUGACCUUUGGUUGCGGCACUUCACUGUAAAGUAUUGAUGAAAUCAUAUAUAUAUUAGUUUUCUUCAGUUAAAAUAUGGGCAGUUUUCCUGGUAUUGACUUCACAGAAUAUUUAAAAAAAAUUAUCUCAUUAAUGAGAUAUUUGAAGAGCUGAAUGGCUUGACUGAUGUUUCAUGAGAUAUAAUUCAGUAGUCUUGUAUCAUUAAGAAACUUUCCAAUGGCCAUUUAUUCCUUAAAAGGGGAGGAAGAGUGUGCACGGAACAAUCUCAUUUUGCAGUCUCUAUCAUGUUUAUAGAGAAUUGUUAUACUGACGUCAAUCUGUGAAUUUCAUUUUUGAAGUUCUAGAGUAGAAUCAGCUUGGUAUUCUUUAUUAUGCCUAUCUAGCUUUAAGGUGUUCUCAUUUUUGUUUUUGUGGAGAUGUUUUUAAGCAUUGUAAACAGUUGGAACUUAAUUCAGUGUUCUCUUUUUGAACAUUGACCUUUUAAAAGAACGAUAAUUUAUAUGUUAUCCUUAUUUUUUA